GUAUAUCUGAUACGUUUUGUCGUCGUAGUCGUCGUCGUCGUGCGUGUUGCGCGCUAUUUUCAGACAGAUAUUAUUGCCGUCUGCGAGUGUUGCGUGCGGAAACCUGAACGUGUCAGAGGAUCAUCAGAAGCAUCGAGUGACGAUGGACGCAGGUGGUGGAGAUGUUCUCGGUGUUGUCGCGAAGGAUGCUGAAUCUCAGCAGAGGUUGGCCGUGCUCAGUUACGAGCAGGUGAGGCGAUUGAACGACGUUAUGGACGAGGUGGUGUGCAUCCACGGACGCGGCAACUUCCCCACGCUGGAAGUGAGGUUGCGCGACCUGGUGAGCGUCGUCAGGGGAAAGUUGGAAGCGGACACGGCGAACGGGGGCGCCGGCAUGAAGGUGCGCGACAUCAGAUUGAACGGUGGGGCCGCCAGCCACGUGCUCGCAACAGAAUCGCAACCGUACAACGACCUGGACCUCAUCUUCGGCGUGGAAUUCUCGAGCGGCAGAAACUACGACCGCGUCAAAUCGGCGGUGCUCGGUUCGCUGUUCGACCUGUUGCCGGACGGUGUCAGCCGCAAACGCAUCACCACCUGCAGCCUGAAGGAGGCCUACGUCAGCAAAAUGGUCAAGGUGAACAACGACGGUGACCGUUGGUCGCUGAUCUCCCUGGGAAAUUCUCGUGGCUACAAGAACGUCGAACUGAAGUUCGUCGAUACGAUGCGUCGCCAGUUCGAAUUCUCCGUCGACUCCUUCCAAAUCAUCCUCGACUCUCUGCUGCUCUUCUACAAUUGCAGCGAGCUUCCCAUCAGCGAGAACUUCUAUCCGACCGUCGUCGGUGAAUCAGUGUACGGCGAUUUCCAGGAGGCUCUGUAUCAUCUGCAGAAGAAGCUCAUCUCGACGCGGCAUCCCGAGGAGAUCCGUGGCGGCGGCCUCCUGAAAUACUGCAACCUGCUAGUCAAGAAUUACAGACCGGCCCGACCCGACUGCAUCAAGACGCUGCAGCGUUACAUGUGCUCGCGCUUCUUCAUCGACUUCCCCGACAUCGGUCAGCAGAGGGCCAAACUCGAGAACUACCUGUGGAACCAUUUCGUCGGUCCCGAGGAGGAAACACUCAAACAUCAGUACCUGGUGCAUCUGCACGACGUCGUCGAGGAGUCCACCGUCUGUCUGAUGGGACACGAACGACGUCAGACGCUCACCCUCAUCAACAACCUCGCAUGGCAAGUCCUCUGUCAGCAGGAUCAGCAACGUCUGAUGUCGCAACACCAGCAGCAGCAACAACCUCAACCUCCUCCACCCGGCACCUUCGUCUACGGCUGCUACAUGUAUCCGGUCCUCUCCACCUACAACUAUCCUUGCACGUGCAACGCCACCUGGAUGCCAUGCUCGACGUGAUCCGCCGACAUCUUUGAAAACAACAAAAAAAACAACAACAUAAACAUCAACGUCAUCACGAUAAUAUGAGGGACACGCGCCACCCGCGAUCAUUCUCCACUAGUGUCGCGUCUAUUGCGUCCGAUAGACUCGCGAAUCCACUUACAACAACAAAAAAGAAAAGUGCGCGAAUCAAACAAAAAAAAAAA